AUGGAUAAUGCAGCCAACAGUCUCCAUCUUCGGGACGCCUCAUUUUCUGCUUACCUCAGCACGACAGAGGAGAACUUUGCAGUCAAGCUUGCUGAGUCGAUUCAGAGCCCCUAUCUGCCCCUUACUUCAACGCAAGAGGCUGCCUAUCCAGUAAACUUAGGAAGAACCAUGUCUGUGGAGGAGGGUGAGCUUAGGGUCUUUGGCGCUGAGAAAUACUUCAACAUGAAAAUGGAUGAUGGGAGGCGAAGGCUUACCACCAGUAGUUCAUUGAAGCACAGGCAAAUAAAAGAAGACCGAGCUGAUCUGCACUGUACUAAACCAAAAAUCAGGCCAGGAACUCCGAGUGCAAGCUCUGAAGCAAGUUGGAACAGCCACGCUGCAUUAUUGCCAAGGCUCCUGAGAAACCCAUCUCCCAGUAAGCAAAGGAAGGCAAAUGCAAAGAUGAUUUUUGCUGGUUUUGGUUGCAAUGGAUCUUGUUCUGAUAAGAAAUCCGUCUAUGUUGAUACAAAUGCUGAGCCUGGAGGGGUUCAUGGAAAGGAGAUCAGAAAAAAAGUCGCUCAAAAUGAUCCGAAUCCACUCAUGCUGGACAGGACAAGGCUUUCCCAACCAGGGUUUCCAGUCAAAAACGAGAUUCAUAGCAGAAGUUUUGAUAAGGCCAGUAUUGGGUUCAAGAGAGAGGAGUAUUUUGGAUACCCAAUUAUAAAUUCCGGGCUGGAAAGUUUGACAGUAAAAGGAGAGUCAGUAGACAAGAGAGCAGAAGAGGAGGGGCGAAAGUCCCUAGAGGUGUUUGGCUCCCAUAUGCUGAAAAAGGGAGAUGUUGCAACCAACCUAGACAGGAAACUCUCUGUGCUCACUUGGGAUGCCAUUCCAAAAGUCCAGACCGUUCCAACAACUUCUGAAGGUACGGGAAUGUAUGAAGACAAUGAGAGUGAUGCUAGUUCUGAUCUGUUUGAGAUAGAGAACCUGUCCGGCAGUGCCCACCCAUUGUUCAAUAGGCAAGCCUCAGAUGGCAUGUCCAGCUGUACCCGGUAUGAGCCAAGCGAGGCCAGCAUUGAGUGGAGUGUGAUCACAGCCAGUGCAGUUGAUUUCUCAGUGACUUCAGAUUUUGACGAGAAGAAACAGGUGGAGAGUACUGAAAAUUCAAGGGAAAUGAAUUUUGCAAGCACACCCACUAGACCAAGCAAAACCAAAUCCUCAGUGGGCAAGGAAGCACAACGAAGCCGUCCCACUGGACUGUUGGGAUGUAGGAGUGACAAAGCGGUGAGAGUUUCUGAGCCAGCAUAUCGAACAAAUGACAAGGUAAAGUCUGACCCGGGAUGGCAUCAUAGGUUGGAUUCCUCCAUGCCACUAGGGAAGUCCCAAGGCGAGAAUAAGGUGAAAGAUUUUGAGUUCCCACAGGCGCAACAUGCUUUUGCAUAA